UAGCCUUAAGGCUCUCACCUAAUCUGAUGUUUCCGCAUAAUAUUGCUGUUUUAUUGCAUGUAAAUGGGCAUACAAAAACCCUUAAUCAAUAGGAGUGUAACACCACUUCCUAGUGCAGCUGGAUCUCUCUAUACUGAUUGUUCUAACAUCAUUUCAAGAUAAGGCAAUAAAGAAAGAUGCACGAGAAGUAGGAAGUGUGAGCGAGACAUAACAGGAAGCAAACAACCCAAACUUUACAUACAACUCAAGCUUCUCGAGACAGGAAUUGUGGAAUUUACUGCAACAGGAGAAAUGACUGUCGGGGGUUUAACUACAACCCAGACACCCAGGAAUGUCAACUGUUGAUGUGGCCUGAGAACGAGACGAUGGUAGCAGAAGGACACUCGGUGUGGUUCAAACGGAUUACGUGUGCAGACCAACCAUGUGAAAAUGGGGGAUCAUGUCGAGAUAGACCAGGAUACAUUCAUCAGUACAAAUGUGAUUGUUCACAAGGUUGGUGUGGAAGAAGAUGUGAAAAGCUUCACUACAACGUCACUCGUAGGCACUGUAUACUUGGUGGAGACAUCAGUUCCAAGUACAUGUCUUCUCCAGAAGAAUGUUUGAAGUGGUGUCUACAGACAACUGGUUGUAAGGCGACAGGUUAUAGUUCUUUAAAAUAUUGUCACCUUGAAUUAAACGAUCAUACUAAAACUUCUUUGUCGUAUUGUAUUGGUUAUGACUACUAUUAUCCCUUAAAAGAAUGCAACAACGAAACCUAGAGAGUCGUAAUACUUUGUUUAUUUCCGUAUGUAAAAUUUUGUAGCUUAUAAAUGUUGAUUUACAUUUAAGUAAGGAAAUGUUAUGUUGAUUCAAAAUAUAAGAUAAAAUGUAAUAAAAGCCAAGGGAUUUAUGAAGAUAUGUUUUCCUGCAAUUUAUAAAUUCACUACAAAAAUCUUUAUCACACAUAAUG